UGGUGGUCCAAUCGGAAAGCCUAGUGAUUCAAGGAAUAUGACCUGCAGGGAAACUUCCCCUCAAUUACUACUUGGUGCCCGACUUUAGCCAAUCGCCACAUAAAUAUGCGGACUCACAACGGACUUUGAAACAUAAUUCUCCAGCGUACUCACCUUCGGUGGAAUUGAAUAUGCAGGAAUCGUUGACUUACUAUAACCUCGGUCCGCAUCGGCGGUCGGUGACCACCGCCUCCGCAGAAGCUCAGCUCUGGUUUACCCGCGGGUUUCUAUGGGCUUAUUCAUUCAACCACGAGGAAGCACAUCGCUGCUUCGUGCGAGCGACCGAACGUGAUCCGAAAUGUGCGAUGGCGUACUGGGGUAUCGCCUACGCUAUCGGUCCCAACUACAACAAGGCGUGGAGUUUCUAUGACCGAGCCGACCUUGAGGAUACAGUGAAACAAGCGAACGAUGCAUUGGCGCGUGCCACUCUGCUCGCGGGCGAUGCCACUCCCGUGGAACGGGACUUGAUCAAAGCACUGAGAGCCCGAUUCCCUCCAUCCGAUAAUAUCCCAUCCAGUAUGAGACCACUGGACCGCGCGUAUGCGGAAGCGAUGCGUCCCGUAUAUGAAACACAUCGCUACGACUUAGAUGUGGCAGCAUUAUUCGCCGACGCGCUCAUGUGCAUUAGCCCUCGAAGGCUCUGGGACUUAGAUACGGGGAAGCCCACCGGCGACCAUACCGUCAAGGCUCAGGCUGUGAUUGAAUCAGGAUUGGCACGAGGAGCCGAAGGCCGGGACCAUCCUGCCCUAUGUCAUCUCUACAUUCAUUUGAUGGAAAUGUCGCCCGUCUCCGAGCGGGCAUUACCAGCCGCCGACCGUCUUCGUCGCCUGGUUCCCGAUGCUUCUCAUAUGUUACAUAUGCCAUCACACAUCGAUAUGGCCGUGGGCGACUAUCGCCGCGCAGUUGACUCCAACGAGGACGCCAUCGUCGCUGAUGACCUGUAUUUCAAUCGCGAGCGCGGUUCGGCCCUAUACGUCGCGUAUCGGGUGCACAAUGUAUGUGCGAAGUUGUAUGCGGCUUUAAUCUCCGGUCGGUCGCAAGAAGCCAUAUCGGCUGCGAAGAAGCUUGAUCAGAUUAUUGAUAUGAAGGUGUUAACAAGCACCACUCCCCCGCUCGCAGACUGGGUUGAGAGCUUUUUGGGAAAUUAUGCUCAUGUCCUCGUGCGCUUCGGACGCUGGGAGGAGAUCCUCCGUCUGAAACUCCCUACCGAUCGCAAAAUCUACAGUGUAACCACCGCAAGUAUUCUUUAUGCGCGUGCAAUCGCGCUGAGCGCCCUCGGUCGCAUCCCAGAAGCAACGGCCGCCCAGGCAGAGUUCGAGACAGCGCGUGCGGCGGUUCCACCGUCUCGCAUGAAUAGUAUCCCGUGUAAAGAGACCGACGUGCUCAAAGUCGCUGCGGCAAUGCUGAACGGCGAACUGGAAUAUCGCAAGGGGAACUAUGAAGCUGCGUUCUCCGAUCUCCGGAAAGCCAUUAAGCUGGAAGACGCGCUCCCGUACUCCGACCCUCCGCCGUGGAUGCAGCCUGUGCGUCAUGCCCUAGGCAGCCUGCUUCUGGAGCAAAACCGGGUUGCAGAGGCAGAGCAAGUAUUCCGAGAGGACCUUGGUUUCGCUAAGGAAUUCCCCCGCCGCAAGGCAAGACUGAAUAAUGUCUGGGGGUUGCACGGAUUGCACGAGUGCUUGAUGCGCUUGGGCAAGUCCGAGGAAGCUCUCACUCUUAAGGUUCAACUCGAUAUUGCUGUCGCCUCUGCUGACGUCCCGAUUACUACCUCAUGUUACUGUCGAUUAUCGGCGGUUGGGAAAGCAGAGUUAUGUUGUUCUGCUAAUAUUUAGAGCGGGCUUUAUAGGGUACCUUACAAGCUGUUCGUAAAAGGCUUUUUUUCAGUAUGAGAUAUUUGUUCAGACGACCGUCCCCUCACUAUCCUAUGCCUCUGUAAUUAUUAAUAACUGUUAUUGGUAUGUGAUAAAUAGCCAGAGAUCAUAAUUUUGAGACCCACUUC